CCACACCUCUCCGCCACCAUGCCCAAGGCCGCUCCUACCAAGUCCGCCGGCGCCACACAGAAGCCAAAGGCGCCCAAGGAGCCGCGUGCCGGGCCCUCGAGCGGCCGCCGCGGCCCCGCGCCUGGGCCCGGCAAGCAGCCCAAGGUGUUCAGCGAGACGCUCGGCCUGCAGCACCUGCUCGCCCUCACGCAGGAGGUCACGGCGAAGGAGGACGCCAAGCUGCAGUCGCGCCUGCAGCGCAACCGCGACAGCGCAGAGUGGGCCAAGCGCGAGCGCCUGCGCCGUGAGGAGGAGCGCCUCGCCAAGAAGGGCAAGGGCCCGCAGGCCAAGCGCAAGGCAGAGGCCGCAGCGGCGGCGGCAGCGGCGGAAGACGACGGUGCGGAGGAGCAGGAGACACGCAGGCCAGCGCAGGUGCAGAGCGCUCCAUUGCAGACGAAGUCGGCCAUCCGCGCGUCGCUACUCGCAGAGCAACGAGCCAAGGCCAAGGCGCGCAAGGGCGCACGGAAAGCUGCGGCCAAGCGAGCGGCAGAUCCCGACGCCGUCUCGCCGCCGCCGGAUGGGCCGCCCAAGAAGAAGCGCGUCGCCUUCGCCUAGCUCAAGGGCCCUACUGUCACAUCACGCGCGCUGAGGCAUGGAGACCGAUAUAUUACAACCGGG